AUGCGCGAGAGUGGUACGAUGAUCGACAGUGCGGGCAACCCUCCCCCCUCUUUCGUGGCAAAACCCUUCCCCUAUAAAACACUUCCGGGUAUCCCGAACGCACAAUCCCCACCGGAACGCGAUCCCGUCACGAAACCAUGCGAUUGUUCCGUUACCGUGAGUCGCACGGGGCAGGGGGCACCCAACUCAUUCCGCCGGUGGAGUAGAGGACCCGCUACUCGUGACCAUCACAUUUGUUUAUUGAUGGAUGGAUGGAUAAGCGGAGCGAGUGCGACAACAAUGACGACGAGCGAAAAGCAACGGCGGGAGGAGCCGCCAGUGUCCCGACGUCUCCGACGGGACACCAGCAACCAUAGAAUCAAAUCCACAAUUUACAAUCUCGACGCACAAGACGAUGAACUGGAGCAAGCGUUGGAAGCCUACAAUGACGACACUACACGAACGAGUACUAACGAUCGCUGUCUCCAAACCAAAGGAGUCAAACGAACAAUGCCGGAACGCCAAAGUGGACCGACGGUCCAGAGCGCAUACGAAGAGGAAGUGGAGCAUAGUAGUACCAACAAUAGGCCAAACAAAUCCAUGGGGAGGCGACCACGACAACCAUCAACCAAGCGCAAGAAACGAACGCCGACAAAGGGCAUCACAAAAAGAAUCCCUGUCGACGAUCAAUCGGGAGAUGAGGAAGAGACCGAUCAAAAGACACCAGCUCCGAAACGGCGACAACCUCGACGUUCAACCCGAACAAUUUCCACUAUCCGACCGAAACCAUCCUUAUCCGAAGUAGAAUCGAGUAACGAAAGCCACCAAGCCGAGGACGAGGAUGAGGACGAUAAUGAGUCAGUUAUUAUUGCACCCCUUUCCGCCAUUACCAAAACGCUGAAGUGUCCUCAUUGCCCGAAAACAUUUGGUACCGAUGGUGGUCUACGUUAUCACGUCGCCAACUUUGUUUGCCAACCUGAUUCACGUCCAGGAGGUCCCGUCGUUAGGGGUCGCCGUGGCAAGAGUGCCUCAGGCGGGAUGGAUGGUUCAUCCAAGCGUAAAUUUCGUAGAAUUCGGGGUGCCGCGAAAGAUCGUACCUGCCCAGACUGCCAUCGAGUCUUUACCAGCGUUUUGGGCAUGACCUAUCACCGCGAAAAGGCUGUUUGUCACCGUAAAGGCCAAAAGGACGCGGGAACAGAGUCAUCGGCCCUGCCUUUCGGUACUUUGGAAGCAGGUUCAAAGUUUGUUACCAACUGGGGUGUCGUGCAAGUCAUUCGGGAUGAUCGUGCUACACCCGUAGCUGAGCCUUUGCAGAAACCCAAGGACCUAGCCCGUUCCUUUCAGGCGCAUAAAAGUAGUCGCGAAAAUCAACUGGAAAAACAAUACGCCACCCUUGCAGUCUUGUCCCUGACACGAAGAAAGCAGUUGCUGGAGGAGUACAAGACGAAGGCCGAUUCGAAUAUUACCCCACAGUCCGUAUGGAUGGCCUACUUUGGUACACGGGAAGACCCGCGGGAGAUCCCAAAAUCUCGACAAGCGGCUCCUUUUAGACUGGGACAAUUGCGAGACGACCCCUUGGCUCCGGAGAAUGCCUUCGCGGACCGCAUUGUGGAAUGCAUUGCUAUCGCCGAUGACCGGAGACGAUUCGUAGGUCUCUAUGACGAUUCGGAAACGACAGGGUCGUCAUCUAUGGGGAGAUACCCGACCAAACUCUUUUUAAGUCGUCGGCUUCUCACCGAAUCAUACAACCCAAGUGGUUCCAUACACAUGUGUCCGUCCUGUGGGCGGUCGUUUGGUUCCAAACCUGGUUAUGCGCAGGGAGAGCUGAGACAGAAACGACUUGGUGAUAUUGAAGACAGGUCUCUCCGACUUUUGGCAAAAGGGGCCGGACCAGAGCGUCGUAAGUAUCGUCCGCCACAGCCUGUGCACCGUGACAUCCCCGCAAUGGACAGUGUAACGCCACACAAGCGACUUGACAGCGUUUCCGACGAUGAUGACACCAAUAAAUUGGCCGCACAAUUACAAGAGAAGGAGCAAAAGACCUACGACACCAGGAAAGAAGAAAAUGUACCUUCACCUGAUGAAUGCAUCAAAGAGCUAUUUCAACAGCUUCGCUUUGAGCAGUCCAAGCAACUUGGCCCCAUGUACACUGAUGUCUUUCGAGUGCUCAAGUUUAAGCGUUAUGUUUCCAGACCUGCGAAGAAACGAAAGAAACGAAAGAUUGUUGUAAAAAAAAUCAAGGUAGUCAAGAAAGUAAAAAGAUCAAAGGCCUCGAAAGAGAGCACCACCUUGGACGGGACUUCAAAGAAAUCAAAGAAGACCGAGGUGGUAUCGACAAGAACAACAUACCCUUCACUCGUUCUACCGCCACCACCUCUGCCAACACAAUUCAUUCAAACUCAAAGCCAUAUACCGAUCCCUCCUAUUAUCGAUACACGAGUUCUGGUUGGCGAAGUGGACGCCGGAAGGUACCCGAGUAUAAAACGGGACCCCGCUCGCACAAAUCAAGAUAUUUGUUCCAUCUGCAAGAGAGGCAACCGCUUAGUAGCAUGCGACUUUUGUCCUUUAUCAGUCCACUUUCGUUGUGUACGCACAAAAUACUUGCUUAAAGAUCCUGAACCGGAAGACGACUUCAUGUGCAAUACCUGUAUCCAGUACAUUUGGCACCGUCGUGCUCGGGCUGAGAAGCGAAGAAUUCAGAAACUGGGUGAAGACAAAGUGCAAACUGACCAAACGGCUGCGGAAUCGGUGGCUCGACUUACAAAAGGCGCAGUGGAAGGCGAAGAAUACGAGUGUGUCGCAUCCCAGGCCCGCCGUCUAGCCGAUCUUUCGGAGCUACUGAUGGAAGCCAAGGUCCGUCUAAAGCAAAACAUGGCGAUGGCUAAAGUCAAUGACAUGCGGAGAGCUAUGAUAAGUGGUCAAGUAGUUUCCAAAGGUUCCACUUCAAUAUGA